UGAAAGGAAGUAUCGAGGAUUAGUCUGACAGCAGCAGGAGGGAAUGGAGAGAAGGGUAUCAAGCGAAUUCAGAAACAAAUAUUCCUUCAAGACGGCAAAUUAAACAUAAUUUAUUAGUGUAAGAAGAAUACACAGUUUCUCAGGCAGCAACAGUGCCCAACAACUGCUUAAAGGCGGGGAGGUCUUUUGGCUGAGAAUGCCGCCCUGCCUCUACAAUGAGAAGUGAUGCUGAGGAAUAACAUGAGCUGAUUGAGACUGCUGAAGAUGAAGCCCAGAAUCAGUGCUACCUGGUCACACAGCGAAAUUUCAAAAAGUCUCACUUAAGCUUCAGAACACAAUGAAAUGAGAUAGACACUGGAAGAUUGGAGGCCCCUGCUUUACUAUCCCUAAGCAUGGCAGGACUACAGCUUGUGACCCCCGCUUCCUCACCCAUGGGACCCUUCUUUGGUCUCCCGUGGCAACAGGAGGCCAUCCAUGACAACAUUUACACACCAAGAAAAUAUCAGGUUGAACUUCUUGAAGCAGCUCUGGAACACAAUACUAUCGUUUGCUUAAACACUGGCUCAGGGAAGACCUUUAUUGCAGUACUCCUAACAAAAGAGCUCUCCCAUCAAAUCCGGGGAGACUUCAGAGAAAGUGGGAAAAGGACCAUUUUCUUGGUAAAUGCAGCCUCAUCUGUGAUCCAGCAAGCAGCUACUGUUCGUACGCAUUCAGACCUUCAAGUCGGAGAGUACACCAGCUUAGAGGAGACUUUGUCAUGGACUAAGGAGAAGUGGAGCCAAGAAAUGAUCGAAAACCAGGUGCUUGUUAUGACAUGCCACAUAUUUCUACAUGUUCUGAAGAAUGGAAUCUUGCCACUAUCAAAAAUCAACCUGCUGGUGUUUGAUGAGUGUCACCUUGCAAUCAUGGACCAUCCCUACCGGGAAAUAAUGAAGAUAUGUGAGGGGUGUCCAUGCAGUCCUCGAAUUCUGGGUCUGACUGCUUCCAUUUUAAAUGGCAAAUGUGACCCAUCCGAGCUGGAGGAGAAGAUUCAGAACUUGGAGAGGAUCUUGAAAAGCAAUGCAGAAACUGCUACUGACCUUGUAGUCUUGGAUAGGUAUGCCUCACAGCCGCGUGAAGUUGUGCUGGAUUGUGGACCUUACCUAGACAAGAGCGGGCUCUGUGAGCGACUCCUGAAUGAGCUUGAUGAAGCACUCGGCUUUCUUAAUGACUGCAACGUGUCAGCACACCGAGAGGACAGAGAUCCAACGUUCAUCUCUAAACAGGUGCUGAGCGAUUGCCGAGCAGUACUGACCGUGCUGGGGCCAUGGUGCGCCGAUAAGGUGGCCGGAAUCAUGGUGAGGGAGCUGCAGAAGUACAUCAAACACGAGCAGGAGGACUUGAACCGCAAAUUCCUGUUGUUUACAGACACUAUCCUGAGAAAAAUCCACGCGCUCUGUGAAGAGCACUUCUCGCCCGCGUCCCUGGACCUCAAGUUCGUGACGCCGAAAGUGAUCAAGCUCCUGGAGAUUCUCCACGAGUACAAGCCCUUCGAGAGGCAGCAGUUUGAGAGCGUGGAGUGGUACAACAACCGAAACCAAGACAACUAUGUCUCCUGGAGCGACUCGGAGGACGAGGACGAGGACGAGGAGAUCGAGGUGAAGGAGAAGCCCGAGGCCAAUUUCCCGUCGCCUUUCACCAACAUCCUUUGCGGGAUCAUUUUCGUCGAGAGGCGCUACACAGCGGUCGUCUUGAACCGGCUUAUAAAAGAGGCUGGAAAGCAGGACCCUGAACUUGCCUACAUAAGCAGCAACUUCAUUACCGGGCACAGCAUUGGAAAGAAUCAGCCUCGAAACAAGCAGAUGGAGGUUGAAUUUAGAAAACAGGAGGAGGUUCUCCGAAAAUUCCGUGCGCAUGAGACCAACUUGCUCAUUGCAACUAGUAUUGUGGAGGAAGGAGUUGAUAUUCCAAAGUGCAAUUUGGUGGUUCGAUUUGACUUGCCAACAGAGUACCGCUCCUACGUUCAGUCUAAAGGGAGAGCACGAGCACCGGUGUCCAAUUACAUCAUGCUGGCUGACACAGAGAGGACAAAAACUUUCGAAGAGGACCUAAAAACGUACAAAGCUAUCGAAAAGAUCCUGAGAAACAAAUGCUCCAAAUCACCGGAAUGCAGUGAGUUUGAAGUGGAGCCUGUACUGGACGAUGACAAUAUUCUACCCCCCUACGUGCUGCGCUCUGAAGAUGGAGGCCCGAGGGUCACUAUAAACACAGCGAUCGGGCAUGUCAACAGAUACUGUGCGAGACUGCCCAGUGACCCUUUCACGCACCUGGCACCCAAGUGCAAGACAGUGGAGCUGGCAGACGGAGCUUACAGAUCCACUCUCUACCUUCCCAUUAACUCUCCUCUCAGAGUUCCCGUCACUGGGCCGAUAAUGAACUGUGCGAGACUGUCUGAGAAAGCAGUUGCGCUUCUUUGCUGUGAAAAGCUACACAAAAUAGGUGAGUUGGACGAUCAUUUGAUGCCGGUGGGGAAGGAGACAGUGAAGUAUGAGGAGGAGCUGGAUUUGCACGACGAGGAAGAGACUAACGUUCCGGGCAGACCAGGAUCUACCAAGAGGCGGCAGUGCUAUCCAAAAGCUAUCCCAGAAUGUCUUCGGGACAGUUACCCUGUGCCAGAACAAUCCUGCUACCUGUAUGUGAUUGGGAUGGUACUCACAACCCCCCUACCUGAUGAGCUCAACUUUCGGAGGAGGAAGCUCUACCCUCCAGAGGACACAACAAGAUGUUUCGGCAUACUGACAGCAAAACCAAUACCUCGGAUUCCCCACUUCCCGGUGUACACGCGAUCGGGGGAGGUCACCAUCUCCAUAGAGCUGCAGAAGUCGGGGUUCACUCUGAGCGCCCCCCAGCUGGAGCUGAUCACGCGCCUGCACCAGUACAUCUUCUCCCACAUCCUCCGCCUGGAGAAACCUGCACUAGAGUUCAAACCCACCGAGGCCGACUCCGCCUACUGCGUUCUACCUCUUAAUGUCGUUGAGGAUUCCAACACUCUUGACUUGGACUUUAAAUUCAUGGAAGACAUUGAAAAAUCCGAAGCACGUAUUGGCAUUCCUAACACUCAGUACACCAAGCAGAACCCGUUCAUUUUCAAACUGGAGGACUACCAGGAUGCAGUCAUCAUUCCAAGGUAUCGCAACUUCGACCAGCCUCACCGUUUCUAUGUAGCAGACGUCUACACUGAUCUCACACCACUGAGCAAAUUCCCUUCACCAGAAUAUGAAACUUUUGCCGAGUACUACAAGACCAAGUAUAACCUCGACCUGUCCAAUUUAAACCAGCCUCUGCUGGAUGUGGACCACACAUCCUCAAGACUAAACCUUUUAACCCCUCGGCACCUUAAUCAAAAAGGCAAAGCCCUUCCCCUCAGCAGUGCUGAGAAGAGGAAGGCCAAAUGGGAGAGCCUGCAAAACAAGCAGAUUUUGGUUCCUGAACUGUGUGCCAUCCACCCGAUCCCUGCCUCUUUGUGGAGGAAAGCGGUCUGCCUUCCCAGCAUCCUCUACCGACUUCACUGCCUUCUGACGGCCGAGGAGCUUCGAGCUCAGACAGCCAGCGAUGCCGGUGUGGGGGCCCAAACCCUACCACCGGACUUCAGGUACCCAAAUUUGGAUUUCGGGUGGAAGAAAUCCAUCGACAGCAAGGCUUUCAUCUCAAGUCCUAGCUCCUGCACGGAAGACGACGAUUACUGUAAGCACAGCACAACUGUAGCCCCUGACAAUGCUGCCCAUCAAGGUUUUCAUCUGGAAGCCUCCUCACCACUUGGGGGCGCCCUCACUUCUGUGAACUGUAAUGCGCUUGAUGAAAAGCCAGAGGCCAACUCGCUCCCUACAGCUGGUCCUUUGCUGCAAGACAAAGAGAAGCGUAACUGUAUCUGUGCCGGGAACCUCGCUAACGGCACAGCGGACGACACCAGCAACCUUGGUGGACGCGACAAUUGCCAAUGUUCCCCGCUCGACUCGCCUGAGAGCGAACUGUCUAUACAAAGCACUACCUCAGUUCAUGUGCAGCACUCUCAGAGCACUGAGAACCAGCCCAAGCCCAGUGUUGAAUGUACUCCAGGGAGUAACUCAGAUUUUGAUGGACAUGCGACAAAACCUACCUCAGACUGUUGCCAGGUGGUCGACGCGACAACCAGUUCCAUAGCACCUUCAGAUAUUUCAAAGGCCACCACCUGUUUCGAUGGUGGCGACUCCCCUAAGACUCUGGGCCCGAACCCCGGUCUCAUCCUGCAGGCCUUGACCCUCUCCAACGCCAGCGACGGGUUUAACCUGGAGAGGCUGGAGAUGCUCGGUGACUCCUUCCUCAAGCACGCCAUCACCACCUACCUGUUCUGUACAUAUCCAGACGCUCACGAGGGCCGCCUCUCCUACAUGAGGAGCAAGAAGGUUAGCAACUGUAACCUGUAUCGCCUGGGGAAGAAGAAAGGCCUGCCAAGUCGAAUGGUGGUCUCCAUCUUUGAUCCCCCUGUGAACUGGUUACCCCCGGGGUAUGUAGUCAACCAGGACAAAAGCAGUACCGACAAGUGGGACACCGAGAUGAAAGAGGAUCUCUUGGCUAACGGAAGAGCUGAUGAAGACUAUGACGAGGACGAAGAUGACGCGGAAGACGUCGAGGAGGACGAGGAUCUGAUGUGGAAGGAGCCGAAGGACGAGGUGAACAUGGAGGACGACAUGGAGUACUACCAGGAGCACAUCAAGUUCAUCGACAACAUGCUGAUCGGCUCUGGUGCCUUCGGCAAGAAGAUCUCUCUGAGCAGCUUCCCCCCGGCCGAGCCCAGCUACGAAUGGAAGGCUCCCAAGAAGCCCACGCUUCCCAACAUGCACUUUGCCUCCGACGGCGACGAGUUCGACUACAGCUCCUGGGACGCCAUGUGCUACCUGGACCCCAGCAAGGCCGGCGAGGAGGACGACUUUGUGGUGGGCUUCUGGAACCCCUCGGAGGAGAACUGCGGCACGGACACGGGCAAGCAGUCCAUCUCCUACGACCUGCACACGGAGCAGUGCAUCGCUGACAAGAGCAUCGCCGACUGCGUGGAGGCCCUCCUGGGCUGCUACCUCACCAGCUGCGGGGAGAGGGCCGCCCAGAUGUUCCUCUGCUCGCUGGGCCUCAAGGUGCUGCCCGUGGUGAAGAAGGCCGCCCCCCUGCCGGCCGAGGGUGCCGGAGAGCACUCCAAAGACCUGCAGUACGGCUGGCUCAAAAUCCCGCCCCGCUGUAUGUUCGACCACCCGGACGCCGAGCGCACCCUCAACCACCUGAUAUCGGGGUUUGAGAACUUUGAGCAGAAGAUCAGCUACACCUUUCGGAACAAGGCCUACCUUCUGCAGGCUUUCACUCACGCUUCGUACCAUUACAACACCAUAACAGAUUGUUACCAACGGUUGGAGUUUCUUGGUGAUGCAAUUUUAGACUACCUCAUAACAAAGCACCUUUAUGAAGACCCGCGACAACAUUCGCCUGGCGUGCUGACCGACCUCCGGUCUGCGCUAGUCAACAACACCAUAUUCGCCUCUCUGGCCGUCAAGUAUGACUACCACAAGUACUUCAAAGCAGUCUCGCCCGAGCUGUUCCACGUGAUUGAUGACUUUGUGCAAUUUCAACUGGAAAAGAACGAAAUGCAAGGGAUGGACUCUGAGCUACGGCGCUCUGAAGAAGAUGAAGAGAAAGAAGAGGACAUUGAAGUUCCCAAAGCAAUGGGAGAUAUCUUUGAAUCACUUGCUGGUGCAAUUUACAUGGAUAGCAGGAUGUCAUUGGAGACAGUUUGGCAAGUGUAUUAUCCAAUGAUGAGGCCACUUAUAGAAAAAUUUUCUGCUAAUGUCCCUCGUUCUCCCGUUCGUGAAUUGCUUGAAAUGGAGCCGGAGACUGCAAAGUUCAGCCCGGCGGAGAGGACGUACGACGGCAAAGUGCGGGUGACGGUGGAGGUAGUGGGCAAGGGGAAGUUCAAAGGCGUGGGACGCAGCUACCGCAUCGCCAAGUCGGCCGCCGCGCGCAGGGCCCUCCGCAGCCUCAAAGCGAAUCAACCUCAGGUCCAAAAUAACUGAGCUGCACACGCGACAGCGUUGUCUCUCCACAGCCUGCUGCAGAGGAGGCGCUGACGGCGACAACGUUUUCAU